ACGGGACUUUUGAGGCAGAGUUAUUACUUCAAAUGUUUUUCCCGCAUCAGAACUUCAACUAUUCCUGGGCGCAGGGCAAGUGGUACGCUAUAGCCAUCGCAGAUGCGGCAAUUAAGAAUGGAGCAAAAAAGAAGAUUAACAUGCACAGUGUCUUCUUCAACGCGACAGACGACCAUGGCUACCUGUUCACCACCAUCAUGUACAGGCCAUUUUUACCAAUUGCAUCUUCCAAACCAAUCAUGGUUAAUAGAUCUCACAGGGAGUGUGAUCGCUGGAUCAGGAAAUUCUCUCCAACCAAGUAUCCUAGGAAUUUUGUCAUAGAAUACCCAUGUCGACCUCAUGGACUACAGAGAUACAACAUGAUUAUAUUAUCCACCAACUACAAUGAGUAUGCUCUAGUGGGCUUCGAGCAGAAGUUCCAUGACAAGGAGUAUAUCCACCUCAUGCUCUACGGGAGAACCAAGACACAGAAGUCCCUAAUGAAGAAGCGCUUCAUCUCCUUUGCCAAGAAACUUGACUUCACCGAAGACAACAUUAUCUUCUUCAUCCCUAUUGAGAAAUGCAUUGAUGAUUCCUGACCAGACAGUAGCUCCUGUCUCUCCAUCCCUGUUCUUUCUGACAUGGCUGCCCAAGAUGGCCUCUGGCUGCUGAAUAGGGCAAAAUACCCAUAAGCAAGCCAGCAGACUCUUCUUACACUGCAGCGCUGCCUACCUCAGU